AUGGACGCCUCGACUUCGUCUUACCUCUCUCUGCUGCUUACUACGGCGGCCGUAGCUGCCAUAUCGUCCGGAAUAUUUGGCUACCCAGGCAGCUGGGAUGCCCUUUCCCGGCUCAUAACCUCUUCAACCCAGACCGUCUUUGGCGACAUCGUUUUGCAAGAUGCUGCAUCAACCCAAAUCCAAGAUGCUCACAUUUCCCAAUGCCCGCCUCCUCCAUCACCACCGCCAUACUCUCCCGAGUCCUCCGACUUCCCUCCCACGGAAUCAAUGCUUUUUAUGGAGCCAGAAUCACCCAUCGAUAUUUCCCCCAACCGUGCCCCCAACUCCUUAGCAAACAAUUUCAACCACAUGCCUCUCAUCUCCGAGAGGGGUCGUCAACUUCCCGAGCCACCUUCCACCCUUUCCAUCGAGAUAGACGACUCGAUCGUCUCUUUGGAUAGAAAGGUCGAACAGUUCAUCAGGCUAAAUUCACACCGGAAUGACCAUUCGCUCUCGUUCAGCUGGGGAAGCGACCAGCACGGUCUCUUGGGCAGAUUGACCCUUCAAGCCCUCUUCGAGCGUCUCCAAGGCACCGAGGACGAUCUUGACUGCCCAAUUGAAUGUUUCAAACGGAUGGCUUUCAAAUCACCCGUCGAGGCGUACAAAGGACCGUUCUACUUACUCGGGGGACGUCUUCCAACCCAUGACUGUGUCGACUUCAGCCGGGCGACAAGCCUUGAAGAUCUCUUCUGGCAGGGUGAUAUUUCCUUGCUUGGACAGAAAUGCAUCAACAUCCCUUUCCACCAACUUCGUAGCCUCAGCAUGUCUGGGACCACCAUAUGCGUCGACGACGCCAUUUUCCUCCUGCAGGCGUGCCCGCUUCUCGUCUCCGCUGAAUUGGAAACCGUCAGGAACAAAGAUGUGCCUGAAAUGCACGACGACAGCACACCAAAACCGAACACGCGCUUGGACAUAUCUCUGGGCAAACUACUUGAGUUAAAGAUCACCGCAAUUGAAGACUUGAAGCCACUAUUUGAUGCCGUAUCCUGGCACAAGUUGGACAGACUCGCACUAGUUGUCGGAAGCAGGGCACUCCGCAAACUGGGCAACACGCUUAGGAGACAUGUCGAGCGUGGUCGUGGACAGAUAACGAAGUUGGAUGUGGCAGUCGUGGACAGCCACCUGCAUCCUCAGGAGUUGCGCGUUAGCGGAGGACUUCCCAGGCUUUGGUUAUAA